AUGGAGGCCACAAGUCGCACCGCCCUCCCUGAUGGCGGCGGUCAGAAAAAGAAGGUCAAGGGUCGCAGCAAGUCGCCCAAGUCGCCCACCACCACUUCCAACGGCGCAUCAUCUGAAAUCGCCAGAAAGUCGAGCACUCGUGUCAGGAAUGUUGUCGACUACGACGAAAAGAGGGCUUUUGUCGGCUUGGACAGCGAUCCUGUUGUCCCCCCUCCUCCUCCCCGCCGGCAGUCGCCCCCCUCUGCUCACCAGAAUGGCAGCAACGGCAGCGCUGCUGUCAAGAAGACUGCUCACAACUCUGGCAACGGCAGUGGCCUCACUGAGCUCGAGGAGCGCGUCCAGGAUUUGGGCGACUCGUGGGAGACGGAGUCUCUGCUGAACGACAUUCUUGGCGAUGUUCACGAGGAUAGGUUCUUCACCGAUGACGCCGAUGCCUGCACCCCAGAAGAGGCAAUCCAAUACCGCCAAAUGCUCCGCGCUUUGGGUCCUGAGAUCUUUGUCCAGCGCACCGUCGACGCCGGCCGCAUCACAGCCAAGAAGCUUCUCACAGCUUUUGGCGUCCGCCCACCGGACUUUUUGGAAGGCCAAGACGACGACGCCUACUUUUCUCUCCUGAGCUAUGCGUUCACGAGGGAGCUCAAAAAGCGCGCCAAACUGACACGGUACAACACGGUCGACGACGCCGUCGCCCUCCUCAAAGAAAAGAAGAACAUCAUCGUCCUCACGGGCGCGGGCAUCUCCACCUCGCUCGGCAUCCCCGACUUCCGCUCGGCCGGCACGGGCCUCUACAGCAAACUCGCCCAUUUGGGACUGAACGAUCCGCAGGAGGUGUUUGACCUGUCGGUCUUUAGGCAAGACCCGACGAUUUUUUACUCGGUGGCGAAGGAUAUCUUGCCGAGCGAGGACCGGUACACGCCGACGCAUCAGUUUAUCAGGAUGCUUCAGGAGCGGGGGAAGCUGUUGACGAAUUACACGCAGAACAUUGACAACUUGGAGUCCAAGGCAGGGAUUUUGCCCGAGAAGCUGGUUCAGUGUCAUGGGAGUUUUGCCACGGCGAGUUGUGUCAAGUGUGGGGAGAAGGUUGUGGGCGACAGUAUUUUUGCGGAGAUCAAGGCGGGGAAGAUUCCUCGGUGCAGGAAGUGUCCUUCUGGGCAGUCUCGAUCUCAGUCGCGAAAGAGAAAGACAGCCAACUCUUCCAACUCGAAACGUCGCCGGGAUUUCGACCGGGACAGCAAUUCCGACUCGGAAUUUGAUCUUGUCUCUUCAUCAGCGGGGGUGAUGAAGCCGGAUAUUAUUUUUUUCGGGGAGCCGCUCCCGGAUGAGUUUAGUCAGAGGCUGACGCAGCACGAUGUCGACAGGGUGGACUUGGUGAUUGUCAUCGGGACGAGCUUGAAGGUUGCGCCGGUGAGCGAGGUGGUGCCGUACCUGCCGAGCCACAUACCGCAGAUUUACAUCAGUCGGGAGGCGAUUGGGCACAAUAAUUUUGACAUUGACUUGUUGGGGGAUUGUGAUGUUGUUGUGGCGGAGCUGUGCAGGAGGGCGGGGUGGGAGUUGGGGCAUGAGAUGGUGCCGGAGGGGCAGGUGGUUGAGGUUAAGGCUGUGGAGGGGUGGGGGAGCAGGUGGGUUUUUAAAGAGGUGAAGGACGGGGAUAAGGAGGAUGGGGUGAAGGAUGGGGUGAAGGAUGGGGUGAAGGAUGAGAUGAAGGAGAAGAAUGGGGAGAGUGGGAAGGGGAAGAGGGGGAAGAAUGGCGGCGGGGGAAAGAAGUAA